AUGUCAUCAUCGUUGAAUGCGUGUGUGCAAGCCAUGAAAUGGGUGCUAGUUGUCUUCAAUGUUCUUAUUCUGUGUGCAGGAGGUAUCGCUAUUGGCCUCGGUGCCUGGGGCCUGGCAUCAGAAUAUGGAGCGGAAAAAAUGAGAGACCUCACGGGCACAGAAUUCUACAGAGGAGGUGCCAUCGCCAUCAUCGUGGGAGGCAGCAUCAUGGUAGUUAUUGCCUUCCUUGGGAUCCUUGGGGCCGUACUGGAGAACAGGGUUCUUCUGGGAAUUUAUUUCACCAUUGUGUUGCUGCUGUUGAUUCUCUUUGUGGUAGCGGUGGUUGUCGCUUUUGUCUACAGGGAUGAGUUGGAGGAAGACAUCACCUCCCGAAUGACCGACACAGUUUUGUACCAGUACGGAGUUAAUCUCAACAGCUCUAAAGAAAACAGAGACAUCACCAAUCUUUGGGAUGACUUGCAGAAGAACCUGCACUGCUGUGGUGUUAAGGGGAGACUACCUAACAGUUCCGGAUCUUGGUUCCUGUGGCAAAAAAGUAAAUGGUUUGAGGAACAAAAACAAAUAGGUAACGUUAUUCUUAAGUAUGUACCCGAGAGCUGCUGCAACACAAAUUACCCAGACACGCUUGCUUGUACCUCAGUCAAUACUGAGCCACCCUUCAAUAAACCUGUACAGCUUGAUAACACAAAAGUUACACAGGAAAGUGAUCAACUGUAUUACAAGGGUUGCUAUGAUCAGUUCACUGCCCAUAUUAGGGAGCAUAUUCUGGCUAUUGGAGGUAUUGCGCUGGCUAUUGUUAUCUGUAUGUUCUUAAGCUUGCUGUUCGCUAUCUGUGUCUGUGCCAAUAUUCGAAGUAAAAAAAUGAUCGUCUAA